AUGUUGGAAGAUAAACUUUGUAUAAGGAUAUCACAAAAAUACAGUUGUAUUCUUUAUAAUCAUAAAGAUGGUCCAGAGUUUCUGACGCUUUCACCAUCUAACAUAUCCUACACACUGGAUGAGAAUCAGCGCCUGAAUGACAUCACCUGCUCAGCCACCUGUUCUCCUGUCCAAUGUACUUAUGAAUGGAGAGAGUCUGGAAGAGGUGCAGUCAGCAGCAGUGGUGUACUUUCACUGGGAACUCUAGUGAGAGGGGAGGCAGGCACCUACACAUGUACUGCAAGCAAUCCAGGGUCGGCAGCCACAACUAGCAGCCAGCAAAUUGCAAUCUUGGUCAGAUAUGGCCCAGAGUUUGUUAAACUGUCUCCAUCUAACACAUCCUACACAUUGGAUGAGAAUCAGCACCUGAAUGACAUCACCUGCUCAGCCACCUGUUCUCCUGUCCAAUGUACUUAUGAAUGGAGAAAGUCUGGAGGAGGUGCAGUCAGCAGCAGUGGUGUACUGUCACUGGGAACUCUAGAAAGAGGGGAGGCAGGCAACUACACAUGUACUGCAAGCAAUCCAGGGUCGGCAGCCACAGCUAGCAGCCAGCCAUUUGGGAUCUCGGUCAGAUAUGGUCCAGAUGAUGUAAAACUUAGCGUGCCAUCUGAAUACAUCGUCACAGAAGGACAAGUGGUUUCCAAUGUGACAUGCUCAUCCGACUGCUGGCCACAAUGCACUUACACAUGGAGGAACAUGACAUCUGGAACAAACAUCACAUACACAGGACUGCUCAUCAUGCGGCAAGUUGACAGAUAUGCAGCAGGGAGUUAUGUGUGCGUUGCUCAUAACCCUGGAUCCAGUCAUACAAAGAACAAUUCUACAAAGUUAGUUGUUUAUUGUAAGUAA